AUGAGUGUGCGUUACGUCAAGGUCAAAGUGGUAGCGUUUUCGGAUUGCACUGCUGGAUUGAAUUUAUUAUCAAUAAUGAGUAGAAUUAGGACAUCUCUUGAAGUUUUAAGUCUUGGAUUUGGAUUGUUCACUGCAGAAGCUUUGUAUUCUGGAAAUGAGCACUUCUAUAAGGAUUGGUUUCUACCUACUGCCCGUAUCUUAGUCCGUGAUGGUGAAACUGCCCACAAUUUAUCAGUUUACUUAGCAAGUCAUGGUUUUAUACCACAUAAACCUCGAAACUCAUUCCCUCACCUCAAAUGUAAAGUUUUUGGACUCGAAUUCGACCAUCCCAUAGGAUUAGCUGCAGGUUUUGAUAAAAAUGGAGAGGCAUUUAUGGGUCUCUUAAAUGCAGGAUUUUCACAUAUUGAAGUUGGAACUGUCACCCCGGAUCCUCAGCCAGGUAACACACGUCCUCGUAUAUUCAGAUGGACCAAGAAAGAAGCGGUAAUAAACCGAUGUGGGUUUAACAGUGAUGGACAUGAUGCUGUAUAUGAAAGACUCAAAGAUCGUCCAUGGGAAGGCCGUGGUGUAAUUGGUGUCAAUUUAGGCUGCAAUAAAACAAGUACAGAUCCAACUGCUGAUUAUGUGGCAGGUGUUCGGAAGUUUGGCGAAGUAGCUGACUAUUUAGUAAUCAAUGUGUCUAGUCCAAAUACUCCAGGACUACGCUCCCUACAGACUAGAGAAAAAUUGCGCGAUCUCUUAUCUAAAGUUUUAUCAGCUCGAAAUCAAUUAUUGAAAAAAACUCCUAUUUUAUUAAAAAUUUCUCCAGAUGAAAAUGAUCAAAGUUUAAAAGAUAUAGUAGAAGUUGCUUUGGAUUCGAAAACUCGAAUAGAUGGAAUGAUCAUUUCAAACACAACACUUGCAACUUAUGAAGAGGCUGUAGCUUGCGGUGCUGCUCCAAUACCAGGGAACAAUGAACAAAAUGUUGUAUAUGGUGGCUUAAGCGGUCGACCAUUAUUUGAAAAAUCAACAGAUUGUUUAAGGAAAGUUUCUGCAUUAACCAAAGGUGCUAUACCCCUGAUCGGUGUUGGUGGUAUCAGCUGCGGUGAAGAUGCAUUGUCCAAGUUAAAUGCCGGUGCUAGCUUAGUACAGUUAUAUACAAGUUUUGUUUAUCAGGGACCACCGGUUGCUCAUAAAGUCGCUAGAGAAAUUAAUAAAUUAAAGAUGACAUCUUUAACUCCCGACUAA